AUGAGCAAUAGAAAUAGAAAUUGGAUGUAUGAACGACUUGAUGAUCGUGGUCAUGUCUCUCAUGUUUUCAUUAAUGGUGUGAAAACACUCAUCGAGUUUGCUUCUACUAAGCAAAGUUAUAUGGAUGGAGAUAAAAUUAAAUGCCCAUGCACAAAAUGCAAUAACAAAGCAUAUGAAGCAUUUGAUGAGGCAAAAUAUCACUUAUACAAGUUUGGUUUUGUUCCAAAUUAUGGGUUUUGGGAUAAACAUGGAGAAACAUCAUUGGAUAGUAUUUCCUUAGGGAUGAAUGAUACAUACACGAAUUUAAAUGAACACCAUGAUCCUACUUAUAGAGAAAUGGUUAUGGAUGCAGCGGGUCCUGAUUUCAUGACUAGAACUCUUGAUGAGGAGGCAAAUCCAGAAGAUAAGAAGUUUUUUGAUACGCUAGAGGCAGCCGAUAGAGAGUUGUGGCCUGGUUGUAAAAAGGCGACACAACUAUCUGUUGUAGCUCGACUAUUGAAUAUCAAAUCAGAAUAUCGCAUCCCUGAGUUAUGUUUUGAUGCCAUUUGUCAAUUGAUAAAAGAUGGGUUACCAGAGGAGAAUAACAUAGUUGAUAGUUUAUACGAGAGCAAAAAGUUAAUACAAGCAUUGGGUUUACCAGUGGAAUUGAUUGACUGCUGCAGGUCUGGAUUUGACAAAGCUAAAAAAAUUCAUGAUGGUUUUAUGGAACGAUGUGAUCGCUUGGAAGCAAUAGGAGAGGAAAUUGAUGAGGACAAAAUAUUUUAUGAUGUUGUUGGGGGACAUGAUCGAAAAAAGAGAUUAUAUGGAUUUGGCUCAUAUGGAAAGCACAUUCGUUCUAGUAAAGGAUCUUCUGAAAUGCAUCGCGAACAAUACGAGGAUAAUAAUGCCGAGACAAAAGUCAAGAUUGAGAAUUUGAAGAAGUUAGUUGAGACACAACGCGAACAAUAUGAGGAUAUUCAACAAAAAUAUGAGGAUGUUCAGCAAAAAUAUGAGGAUGCUCAGAAAAAGAAUGUGGAGUUUCAACAGAAAAAUGUGGAUGUUCAAGCAAAGUUUGAACAACAACUUGCACAAGCAAUGAAUGUCAUUAACACAUUGAGUGAACAAGUCAAAACUUUUAUUAAAUAAUGAUAGAAUAUUUUGUAUCGAAUAAUGUUUUACGUUAAAUUUGUAGC